AUGUCAAAAUUAGGGCUUUACCGGCAGCGCGGUGGAGGCUUCGGAAGAGCAACUGGCUGGAGAAAGGGAAGAGGUUUCCUUACAGGAAGAAACGCGGCGGAGAUGCGGCGGCUGGAGAAGAGUCCUGGCGUAGAGAGUGGUGAAGAGGAGAUGCCAUGGUUGGUAUGCAGUUUCUCGAUGAAAGUUUAUGAAUUAAAUGCGCGUAUGCCGUUUUUCCUAAAAAGUUCGAGUAAGGAUGAUGAUGGAAUUCUAAGAUAUGUCACGUUCACGUGUAGUCGCGAGCUGGAGCACAAUCAAAAGACUAGUUCCACUAAGUCGAGGUUAUAUCGAUGUCAUCGCAAGUUGAGCUCAUACCGGGGAAUAUUAUGCGGACAUGUGAUCACAGUUAUGAUACGUAAUAUUGUUGUUGUGGCGCCUGAUCGCUAUAUACUUUGA